AUGGGUGAGAGGAACGAGACGAUCCCGGCAGCACAAAACCCCACAAACAAACCCAACACAUUCCGUGAACAGAGUCAGAGUGCUACUAAAGUCAUUCCCCCGUGGGCAGUGGAUGUGCCUGAAACGCGACGAACCCACUUUGCCUCGACUCCUCACAUCCACCAGGCCAGUAACGGUAGAUCGGAAAUACGCACCCGUGCCCCGUUGAUCUCACUGUAUCGGGGUGAAGCGCCACAACGUUCGAAAAGUCAGAACGAGAUCAAUCGAGCAUCUAGACCACCGCACGGUGGGGGUCUGUUCCAAGUGCACACAAGCACCAGACGUGCCCCAUACUACGUGAUUCAUCCCGAGUGGUUGAGCGAAGCAAUGACUAUCAGGCAACUUGAGCUCUCGCCACGUCCCAGUGCCCCGACCAGCCUAAUCGGACUGCCCAAUUCGAGGAAAACAUUGGAGGCGCGAUCCAAUUGGUCCAAUCAAUCGAAGCAGUUGAAUCCCACAAACCCUCACAGUGAAUCCAAGUCGGCUCCGGUCACCCGGUGUCGUAGUAUGCCCAGUAAACCGUUGAACCCCAUCACCUGGGAGCCCUGA